CCAAAUUCUUUGUGUGGGUCAGCUUUGUAGGGAAAAUCGGGAGUGGGCGUUUUUUGCGUACGUGUUAAUAACACAGAUCAGAGCUGCUUUAUUUUUCGCUUAUCCAAACGGGCGCUUUCCCAUCGGUGCAGCUCGUCUGGUGGUGUCGCUUUUCCCUAACAAGGGUAGCCCGUUCCUUUUUUUUGCUCUGCCUCUGUGCUCAGAUACAAAGGACGUUGGGUCAGCCUCUUUGUUAGGACUUCAUGUCUGUAUUUUUCCCCAUUCACUGCACUGAUUAUCUGAGAUCAGCUGACAUGACUGAGGUGAUGAGCGCUCCAUCCAUGGAUGAGAUUGGUUUAAGCCCCCGCAAAGAUGGCCUAUCCUAUCAGAUUUUCCCUGAUCCUUCAGACUUUGAUCCUUACUGUAAACUGAAGGAUCGUCUCCCUUCCAUUGUAGUCGAGCCAACAGAAGGAGAUGUGGAGAGUGGAGAGCUAAGAUGGCCACCUGAGGAGUUCCUGGUCCAGGAAGAAGAGGAAGAAAACUGUGAUGAAGCAAAGAAAGAGAGCAAGGAGCAAUAAAUGGCACAGAGUCUUCUGUACUGCUUCAGAUGCUAUGUCAUCUUGAAGUGGGAGAACCACAACUGUUCUGAAAAGACGUUCACAUUUUGCACCUGCAAGAUCUUAGUUUUUUCAUAUUCUCUAUUGAGAACUGAAGCGCUUGACGUGACAAUCUCCAGCUGUCAGUAAGGAAGAAAGUUGGGCGGCAGUGGGGGGGGGGAACGGCUGCUCUGCUCAAGACCACUGUUGAAUUUUGUUAAGGUUAUCUGGGGUAGCCGUGAAAUUACAGGUUGUUUUGGUGGAGGAUCAGAUGGGCAGGAAACAUACUUUUUCCCCCUGAGGUGGUGGAAGAAAUGACUGCAAAAGUGUAAAAUGCAGCUGCCUCUGGCUACAAAAGCAUGAGAUUAGUAUUCAUCUCUCAAAACUUUGCCUUCUUUAUAGUGUUUCUGUUUUUUUGUUUUGGGGUGUGUGUGUGUGUGUGUGUGUGUGUAUGUGUGUUUUGUGGGUUGGGAAAUAUUACAUGCCACUGAAAUGCUCCAAUGACAGUAGAGCAAGGCAAGUGUUCCUGCUGAGCAGAAUAGAGGAGCAGUGGAUCAAUAAUUUCACCCCAGUCUAGUAUCGUCUCCCUAUAAGUCAUACAGCCUGUGGGAAUUAUGUUAUUUGGCACCAGUUAGCCCAUCCUGUUGCACCUAAGCCAUCUUUCCCUCCCUCUCCCCCCCCUUAAAGUAUGCAUUUAACCUGAACAGUUCUUAUGACUGUAAUAAAGGUAUUGACUAACUGGCAUUUGAAUCUUGCAGUGGUGAAUACCUUUUUUUUUUUAUUGGCACCGUGGCGCUGACUUUAGAAAUGGUCCUUUGCCACUUUUUCUGCAAUAGCCUUGUUUAUCCUGCACAACAUAACAAACAAGUUGAAUCUGUUUUUUUGUUAUUGCAAAAAUAAAUAAAAAGCUUUGAGAGAUUUUUGCAAUACAAGUAAUGUAAGUAUAUGCAUAUAUUUUCCCUGUCACCAAAGUUGCUGUUUAGUCUCCCGUCCAAUCGUACAUCUGGUUGCUGUGAGAUGCCAGCAUUUUGUAAGGGGUGUGUGUGUAGAGUAACCAUAUGCAAAUGUUGGAUGAAAAGCUCAUCUUAUAUCACAGUGUACAAGGCAGCUUUGGCCAACAACUACAGUGAACCCUAACAGAACUUUAGAGAUGAUCUGGAGACAGUUUAACAGAAGUAAUUAUUGAAGGAAAGCAGGUCUUCUCUUCAAAAUAAUAAAAGUAUUAUGGUCUCUCAGUAUUCUGGGAAAGAUGUUUUUUGAACUUUAUCUAUGGGAUUUAUUGAUGGGUAUAAAUUUGUUACCAAGAUUUAAAUUCGUAAUAAUAACCAUCAGAAUUUUUAGCUGAUUUAUCCUUUUGAGAGGAGGAAAACAAAUUGCAGGACAAGCUAACUUUGCUGCUUUCUAGCAAAGCAGUGUCUUGACCACUUGAUUGGAAGUCCUUGCUGAGACUUGACAGUACGUAUGGACCACUCUGAGAAAUGAAAAGCCAAUAAUUUCCAUUUUUAAUUCUGACAACACUAAAAAGAUGCAACACAUAACAUAUAUAUAUAUCAUGGCCUUAACACAAUAUUCAAAAUAAUCCCUAAUCUCCCAUGCCCUUUGUUGAUUGGCUCCGUUUCUUUUUUCUUAAGAAAUCUGUUGGGACUCUAUGUAUAUAUUGGUAUUUGAUACCUCAUCAGUAGUAAAAACGCUGGUAAGGAGUUAGGGAAUUUGCUUGUUAAAAAUCAGCAGAAUUAUUAUUUUCCAGUCUUUGUCUUGCUUGUGUUUUCAACAUAAUGGCAAUAACUUUUUAACACCUGUGAGUCAUUGUUACAUGUGGGUGUGAGGUUGCCUGAGUAUUUUUUAUAAUUAUUAUUUUAAGCAUAAUAAUGUAGAGAUGUAGUUGGUGUUCUUGUGUGUUCUUUUGGCAGCCAAGAACCUGUCACACAUGUACUACCUGUCUUGGUGUUCAGUUUUGUCAUCGCUGAAACCUGUCUUGCAUCACUACCUAGGCCCAGGUUGCUUUUAAAACCAUUGGAUCCAGAUGUUUUUGGUCGUGUAUCCUGGACAUCUGUUCUCGUCUUGCUAUUCAGUAGAAUUAGCUUUGAUACCUGCACAUCAGCCUGAAUUUCCUAGGGUUUUUUCUCCAAAAAUGCCUUUUGUUUUCUGAUUUUUGUCCCAAGUUUGAAGUUGUCAAAUGUCAACCACUCAGACAAGCAAAAAUCCUUAAUGCUUAGGAUCAGAGUGGAAAUGCUGUUUGUCUUUAAAUAUUUGCAUAUCCUUUUCUGCCUCUCCCUUUUUAAUUGUUGCUUGUAUUUCUGUCAUUUUUGAAUGUGUCUGAAGAACAAAGCACUCCAGUUUGAAUUUAUCCUGUUGUAUAUUACAUUCUAUAUUUCUGUAAAAUUCUUUUUUGAGCCUCAGGGAAAAAAAAGCUUGCAUUUUUUUCAAACUACUUUUGUCACUGUGACAGUUGUAAAUAAAGUUUGAAAAUGCUUUCCAAAA